UAAAAAAUUAUAUAAAAUAACAAACACAAACAAAAAUAUAUAUCAAAAUGACUACCGAUACCCGCCGACGUGUCAAAUUAUAUGCUCUAAAUGCAGAACGUCAAUGGGAUGAUCGUGGCACUGGUCAUGUUUCAUCAAAUUAUGUCGACAGACUGAAAGGUAUCUCGUUGCUGGUACGCGCUGAAUCCGAUGGUAGUUUACUUUUGGAAAGUAAAAUCCAACCCGACACCGCUUAUCAAAAGCAACAGGACACAUUAAUUGUUUGGUCUGAAGGUGAUAAUUUUGAUUUAGCCUUAAGUUUCCAAGAGAAGGCCGGCUGCGAUGAAAUAUGGGAGAAAAUAUGUCAGGUCCAAGGCAAAGAUCCUUCCGUGGAAAUUACCCAAGACAUCGUUGAAGAAUCCGAAGAUGAACGUUUCGAAGAUAUGUCCGAUACAGCACCGCCUAUUGAAUUGCCACCCUGUGAAUUGGCCCGCCUCGAAGAUAUCUCUGAAGUUAUCCAGAAUUGUCUGACCACACCAUUGCGUAAAGAAAAACUUUCCAUGGCCUUGGAAUCGGAAAACUACAUAAAAAAAUUGCUAAACAUAUUUCAUGUAUGCGAAGAUUUGGACAAUACCGAGGGUCUGCAUCAUCUAUUCGAAAUAUUUAAGAAUAUUUUUCUGCUUAAUAAAAAUGCCCUAUUCGAAAUUAUGUUCGCCGAGGAUACCAUUUUCGAUGUGGUCGGCUGUCUCGAAUAUGAUCCGAGUGCCACACAACCGAAAAAACAUCGUCAGUAUUUAAAGCAAUGGGCUAAAUUCCGUGAAGCCGUACCCAUUAAGAAUCAAGACCUAUUGGCGAAAAUCCAUCAGACAUUUCGUGUGCAGUAUAUACAGGAUAUUAUAUUGCCCACGCCAUCGGUAUUCGUCGAGGAUAAUAUGUUAAAUACUUUAUCUAGUUUUAUAUUUUUUAACAAAGUCGAAAUUGUCACACUGAUACAAGAGGAUGAACGUUUUCUGGUCGAUAUGUUUACCAUGUUGACCGAUCCAAAUACCAGUGACGCAAAGCGUCGUGACAUAGUCCUGUUUCUGAAGGAGUUCUGUAAUUAUGCCCAAAAUCUACAGCCACAGGGUAAAGAUUCGUUUUACAAGACCCUGACAUGUCUGGGUAUACUGCAGGCAUUGGAAAUUACGCUGGUGAUGAACGAUCAGAAGACAAAGGCGGCAUCAAUCGAUAUAUUGACGGCGAUUGUGGAGUUUUCACCGUUGGUAGUGCGUAAUUAUACGCUGCAACAAGUGAGUCGUACUGAAGGGGACCGUAUGUUAUUAAACAUUGCCAUUGAACAAAUGUUGAAUGAUUCCGAACCAGAAUUGGGUGUUGCUGUGCAAUUAAUGGGCAUCAUAAAAAUUCUAUUGGAACCGGAAAAUAUGUUAACUGAAAAGGGUGAUUUUUUGAAUUUCUUCUAUAAACACAGUAUACAAACUUUGAUAGCACCUUUGUUGCUCAACACAAUCGAUGAUCGUCCGCAAAACGAGGAUUAUCAAACAGCACAAUUAUUGGGAAUAGUUUUAGAUAUUUUAUCAUUUUGUGUCGAACAUCAUACCUAUCACAUCAAGAAUUUUAUCAUCCAAAAAGAUCUCCUCAAGAGAAUUCUGGUAUUGAUGAAGAGUUCUCAUACGUUCCUUGUUUUAGGCGCUCUAAGGCUAUUAAGAAAAAUUGUAGCAUUAAAGGAUGAGUUUUAUAAUCGGCACAUUGUCAAGGGUAAUCUAUUUGCACCCGUUGUCGAUGCUUUUAUACGCAACAAUGGUCGUUAUAAUCUCCUCGAAUCUGCUAUUUUGGAACUAUUCGAAUUUGUCAAAUUGGAAGACAUCAAGACAUUGUGUGUGUAUUUUGUUGAAACAUUUAGCAAAAUAUUUGAUGAAAUCGAAUAUGUUCAGACAUUUAAAUAUCUUAAGAAUCGUUACGAUCAGUAUCAGGAGCGAAUAAAAGAUCGCGAUAAGAUGGGUUUAGAUACUGGCAUUCCAAUUAUUCGUGGCGGUCGUUUUCGUCGUGAUCAAAGGCAAAUGGAGGAGGAGGAAGAAAUGUGGUUUAAUGAAGAAGAAGAUCUGGAAGAAUUGGAAACAUAUAAUUCCGUCAUGAAGUCUGUUACAGAUAAAAAUGGUUCACCCACAUCUCAGCAGCAAAUACAACAAAAAUCACCGCCGCAAAAUGCACAACAACUGCAGCAGCAACAGCAUAACACCAGUAACAGUAUGUUGAGUGGUAGUCAAUCUACCAAUAGUUUGAACAGUACAGCAACCGCGACGACGUCAUCAAAUCAUACAUCAACCGGUAGUAGUGGUGGUGGUGGCGUUGGCUGCAGUAAUUCAGCACUUGGUGACAAUAAUGCAGGCCUACAGACAACACCCUCCACAAGCAGCAAUAAUAAUGCCCCCAGCUCCAACAACAGCAGCAGUACUAGUAGUAGUAAUUGCAAUAGUAGUGAACAGCAAACGUCCGCCGCUCAUUUGGGUGCUGCCUCAGCGACAGCAGCAGCAAAUUUAUCUUUACAACAUCAACAACAACAGCAGCAACAACAGUCGUCUCACUCACUGCAUAGCUAUCAACAGCAACAGCAGCAGCAACAACAAUUGAAUCUGAAUAGCACUUUAGUUGCGGCAGCGGCCGCAGCUGCUGUGGCUGGUGUAUCAGCAGCGGCUAGUACAUCAACGGCAGCAGCAGCAGCGGCGGCGGCAGCGGCUGCAGCGCAUUUGGAAGCGCAACAGACGCAACAACAAAGUGAUAUUGUGGAAUUACAACAACAAUUGGCAGCAGUUGAACAGCAACAGGAAUUGGCGGCGUUAGGUGGUGGUGGCAGUGGCAGUGCAACGGCAAUUGGUAGCGAUGAUAGAGCAACGGCAAAUUCACCGACUGCCGGUGCAGCAAAUGCAACGUUAUCACCAUCGUCAGCAUCAUCAUCAACAUCACCGACUUCAUCAUCAUCAUCGACGGCUGGUCCAUCAACAAGUGCUCUGACAGAAGCUGCAGCUGCGGCCGCAACACAAUUGCUAUCGACAAUGGCCUCAAAUGAAGCUGUGGCAGCGGUUGCAGCAGCCGCAGUAGCUGCUGUAGCGGCCAGUGUUGAAGCGAAUAAACUUAAUAGUUGUAAUAAUGCAGCAGCAAACACACAAGCAGCAGCAGCAACAACAACGGAUAAUAAUAAGGAGGCAGUGCCGACAUCAUCGUCAUCAUCGUCAACUGCAACACCAGCAGGAGGAAACACAACCACAACAACAUUACCAGGCGAAAAUAUUCUAAAGAAGCUUGUUGAUUAUGGUAGUGAUUCGGGUGAUGAAUAUGAAGCAGAAGAGGACGAAGAAGAAGAUACACCACAUCAAAAGAAACCACGUUUGGCAUAGCAACUUUACCAGAAGCACCAUCAGCAACAGCAGCAACAUGCUGUACAAAAACAGCAGCAG